AUGGCCGAGUUGACCUUCCGCGUGGCCCCCAAAGUGCUCGCCAACAUCGCGCGGGUCUGGCCGACCAACAAGUUGUUGACCAGGACGAAGCUGGACGUUUUACAGCAGAUUCUGAUCAAGUCGGUUUCAGACAUCACGCAGCAGCAGAACGCCGGCCCCGGGGCGGCGAUCCUGCCCGGGAGUAACACACUGACCACGGCGGCCGGCCAGCUGCAGAAGAGCUUCCAGUUCACGCUGACAGUCAAAGACGGUACGGAC